AUGGACGGCGGCGGCGCGACGCGGGGGCAGCCGAUGCUGGAGAAGCGGCCGAGCCACCGGGAGCGGCACUUCACGGCGGGGGAGGUGGUGCGCGACGUCAUCAUGGGGGUGUCCGACGGCCUCACCGUGCCCUUCGCCCUCGCCGCGAGGCUCUCCGGCGCCAGCGCGCCCUCCUCGCUCGUCCUCACCGCCGGACUCACAGAGGUCGCCGCCGGCGCCAUCUCCAUGGGACUUGGAGGGUACCUUGCGGCCCAGAGCGAGGCAGAUCAAUACAAGCGGGAGAUGAAAAGGGAGCAGUUGGAGAUCAUCACCGUCCCAGACACUGAGGCUGCUGAUAUUGGAGAGAUCAUGUCACAGUAUGGGCUUGAACCGCAGGAGUAUGGCCCUGUCAUCGACGGGCUCAGGAGAAACCCUCAAGCUUGGCUAGACUUCAUGAUGAGGUUUGAGCUGGGAUUGGAGAAAGCAGAUCCUAAAAGGGCUCUGCAGAGUGCUUUUACUAUCGCUCUAUCUUAUGUGAUCGGUGGAUUGGUCCCUCUCCUGCCCUACAUGUUCGUCUCCACAGCCCAGAAUGCCAUGCUCAUAUCUGUUGGAGUCACAUUGGCCGCACUACUUUUCUUUGGCUACAUCAAGGGUCGCUUUACUGGGAAUCGACCAUUCAUCAGUGCUGUCCAAACUCCUAUUAUUGGAGCACUUGCUUCAGCAGCAGCAUAUGGGAUGGCAAAGGCCGUUCAAGCUAGAUAG